AUGGACGAAUGGGAGGGCGCAUCCGCAGGCGCCGACGAGCCCGAGGGCCCACGGGCGCGGCCCGCCAGCCGGGCCGCGCCGUCGGCAGCGCCGCCAGCUGGCGCUGAGCCCGCGCCGGAGCCUCUCGACGAGGGCUCGGGCUCGGAGGGCGCCGCGGCGGGCAGGGCCGAUGGGGCGUGCUGCGCGCCUCGCGCGGGGCGGCGGCGCAACCGGGCGGCGAGGCCCGGGGAGCAGGCCGCCGCGGCGGCCAGCUCGGCGAAAGCCGGCGGCAGCCUCGCCGGCCAGAGCGACAGGGCGAGGGCGUCGGCGGGCGCGUGA